GUAUGUUUAUGUUUGGCUCACGACUGUCACGUUGUAGAGACAAGCCAGCAGGCUGUUAUUACAAGCGCGACUGUCGGUAACUGCUGUGGGGAUCUCAGCGCUCGCUCUUGACAUACAACAGUAGUUGGUAGCAUACCAGUAGGAUUACCCUUGGGAUGGCUCGGGUUGCCGUCAUUGGUGCCGGCGUGGUUGGAAUCUCUACUGCCAUUAACAUCCAGGAACACAUGCCGGGAAGUCAGGUGACCAUUAUUGCCGACAAUUUCAACCAGGCCACGACAAGUGUCGGUGCCGGGGCUUGGAUAGUUCCCUGGGCACCGGGUGUCGACGACGCAACUCAGAGGAAAUGGGGGCGAACCUCCAUGGACUACUUUAUCAAGCUGGCAGUAUCAGAAGAAAGUGCCGACAGUGGUGCCAGCAUUUGUAUGGGGAUACAUUAUAGCGUUGAACCCGAGACUCCUCCUUACAAACAUCUCAUGCUUUCCUUUGACCCACUGUCCAAGGAGAGUGCCGAGAAACUGAAUUUGGGAAAGUUCUAUUGCUUCACAUAUACAACCGUUGUCGUGGACAUGAGGACCUAUCUCUACUGGCUCAUGGCAAGGUUCAAAGCCCGAGGUGGGGCUGUGCAGCAGAGGAAAGUGAAGUCAUUCCAAGAGCUUGAAGCCGAGUAUGACGUGGUGGUUAACUGUGCUGGGUUAGGGGCCAAGGCCCUGACUGGAGACGAGAAGUUGCAGCCAAUGAGGGGGCAGAUGCUGAGGGUGUCCGCUCCAUGGGUGAAACACUUCCUACACAGCUCUAACUCAUUCUACUUUAUCCCCAAUGUGGACAACGUUGGUAUUGGAGGCAUCAAGACUGUCGGGGAUUACGACACCAGCGUGAGCCAUGAUACGUCCAAGCACAUCUGGGAGAACAUCACUAAGCUGUGGCCUCCCCUCAAGAAAGCUAGACCGUUGUGGGAGUGGACGGGACUGAGGCCCCACAGGGUUCCCCCCAGAGUGGAGCCUGAGGUCAUCCGAUAUGGAAACAAGAGCCUCAAGGUUGUGCAUAACUACGGUCACGGGACGACUGGCAUCAGUUUGAGUUGGGGAACGGCCGUUCACGCAGCAGAACUUGUUAAAGAAAUGUUUGCACCUACGUCACGACUUUGAAUUAUCUCCCCUUGGUGGCAUUGUGUCGGCUCAUCUCAGUCCGGGUCAUUUGGAACAACCCAUAUUGAAGUUUACCAUUUUGUUAUACAACCCAAUGUGCCGGCGGUGCCGGCGGUGCCGGCGGUCCAUACAAAAGUGCUACUUGUUAUGAAUUCUAUAUAUUAAUCAUUAAAAACAUUUCUA